AUGGUCAAGAGCCAUGGACUGAGAGGCUGCCGUGCAAGAAAGAAGCCCUUGCUCCAGAAAAGGCACCUUAAGACUCGGCUGAAGUUUGCAGCUGAUCACAUGGACGAAGAUAAAACCUUCUGGAGGAAAGUUCUGGGGUCAGACAAAACAAAAAUCGAGCUGUUUGGCCACAACACCCAGCAAUAUGUUUGGAGGAGAAAAGGCGAGGCCUUUAAAAGUGUAAGUGAAAAAAGUGUAUGUUCUCAAUCGAGCCACUGUGACCCUGAACCCAAACUGGCCUCUGAUAUACAGAGCUGCAGAGGAACAAGUGGAGAUGAAUCAACAGACUGGAGCGAUGUUGUCGUAUUAACUUUGUAUGAACUCUCUGUGUCUCCAUCAUGGCUGAGUCCUGGAGCCUCAGUGACUCUGAGCUGUCAGGUUGAACCUUCACCUUCAGGAACCAGGUUCUUCUGGUAUAAAGCUGUUCCUGAUCCACCACGCAGAUCCUACAGCUAUGAGCUGCUGCCUGGCAGCUCUGAUGGGACUGAUGAGAAUUUCUACAUUGUUCAUGGACUCAAUAAUACAGCAGGUUAUGUGUGUGAAGCAGGACGUGGAAAACCAAACUACAGAGAUCCAAGUUUUGUCUUUUCAGCAGGCCAAGCGCAGAUCUUUGCACAAGUGAACAUGCAGCGGACAGGAAGCAUAACGGCUUCUAAUAACGGCUGCCACCAAAGCGGGGAGGAAACCGACAGUCUACACAUAGGUAGUCAGGUAGACCUCGCAUUUGAUCUGCAUGUGAGGAUGAGGAACGAGCUGCUGCUGAGGCUGAACUUCUUCGCUGCAGUCUUAAGUUUCCAAGCCAACUGUGAUCCUUCAACCCAGUGGUCUGUUGUAUAUAGUGGAGAGAAAGUCACUCUGAGAUGUAAGAUCAAGGAAGGAGGAAGAACUCAGUGGACAUAUGAAUGGAGAACAAACAAUGGAAACAUUCAAAUAAGAUCCAGUGAAUACAGCAUCAAUGAAGUCUCUGAAUAUCACAGUGGAGUUUACAGAUGUAUGGCUGCAGGAGAUCAUCAACAAACAGAAUGGAGCGAUGGCGUCACACUGACAGUGAAAUCAUAUAAACCCAGAGCCACAUUGACAGCAGACCCAACAUUCAUACCAGCAGGGGGCAGCACGACACUGACCUGCUCUGUGGACGAAUCUGAUGACUGGAAGUUUGAUUGGUUCAGAAAUGAUCAACAAUAUUCUGCAGCGAGAGGAAACAGAGAUCCAAACAGAGUUAUCUAUGUCUCAGAGGGAGGAGAGUACAGCUGCAGAGGAGGAAGAAAAUAUUCAAGUUUUCAAACUGAAAAAAGUGAUAAAAUCUCUGUUGUGAAAAUUGUUUCCAAGCCGACUGUGAUCCUUCAACCCAGUGGGUCUGUUGUAUAUAGAGGAGAGAAAGUCACUCUGAGAUGUGAGAUCAAGGAAGGAGGAACUCAGUGGACAUAUGAAUGGAGAAAAAACAAUGGAGACAUUCAAAUAAGAUCCAGUGAAUACAGCAUCAAUGAAGUCUCUGAAUAUCACAGUGGAGUUUACAGCUGUAUGGCUGCAGGAGAUCAUCAACAAACAGAAUGGAGCGAUGACGUCACACUGACAGUGAAACUUUCCAAGCCGACUGUGAACCGACAACCCAGUGGGUCUGUUGUAUAUAGAGGAGAGAAAGUCACUCUGAGAUGUGAGAUCAAGGAAGGAGGAGGAACUCAGUGGACGUAUGAAUGGAGUCCAGACAAUAGAAACUCUCCAACAUCCAAUGAAUACAGCAUCAACAGCGUCUCUGAGUCUGACAGUGGGAGUUACUAUUGUAUGGCUAGUAAAGGAGAUCAGAACUCAGGCUGGAGUUUUCACUUUCCACUGACAGUGAAAUCUCCCAAACCUCAGCCUGUCCUCUCUGUGUCUCCAUCAUGGCCGAAUCCUGGAGCCUCAGUGACUCUGAGCUGUGAGGGUUUGGAGCUUCAAUCAGCAGGAUGGAGGUUCUUCUGGUAUAAAGCUGUUCCUGAUCUGUCCAAGCUGAAUCAACCAUCCUACACUUAUGACUCUACCUGGCACAGCAUCAAUGGGACUGAGCAGAACUCCUUCAUCAUUAAUGGACCGACUCAAACCAGCAGGAUAUCAGUGCAGAGCAGGAGAGGAGAACCAAAGUUUUACACUCGUUACAGUGAAAUAAAGUUUAUCUGGUCUGCAGGUCAGUCAGCAGCAGCUUCUCUCACUGUGAGUCCUGACAGAGUUCAACACUUUUGGUCUGAAUCCGUCACACUGACUUGCAAAGGAAACUCCACUGACUGGAGAGUGAGGAGGUUUACAGAAACAGGCCGACUGUCAGACUUUACCUGCUCCACCUGGGGGACAAUGACUGGAUCUACAUGCACCAUCAACAAGUACUGGUCUGAUAGUGGAGUGUACUGGUGUGAGUCUGGAUCAGGAGAGUUCAGCAAUGCAGUGAACAUCACUGUACAUGGUUAUUAUUAUGAUGAUAUUAUCCUGGUGAGCCCUGUUCAUCCUGUGACUGAGGGAAAUCCUGUUACUCUGAGCUGCAGAAAUAAACAACAAUUUCUCUCCAAUGUGUUUUUCUAUCAUAAUGAUAAACUCAUCAAUAAUGACAGCAGAGAGGAGCUGAAUAUCUCUGCAGUGUCAAAGUCAGAUGAAGGUUUCUACAAAUGUAAACAUUCAGAAAAAGAGUCACCAGGAGCUGGAGUCUCUGUGUCCAGUCGUGGCAGCUCUACAUUUCCUGACAAGCUGAUCGUUGGACUGGUUGUUGGAAUCGUUCUCAUUAUUCUCAUUAUUCUCCUGCUCUUGUUGUGGUGCUGUCGUCGGUCCAAAGACUCGUGGUGUAUCAGCUCCAAUCAGUCCAACAGAAAUGAUGUCAUCAACCAGACUGGAAGCCAUGGUUACAACACUCUUCGUCUCGGUGAUGUUGGCAUCUAUGGGUCAGUCACAUCCCAGGGAGCUGCAGGAGAUGGUGACACUCACUUCUACGAGUCAGUUCAAUACCCGAAAGUGGAGGACAAGGUAUUAAUUUUCAAAGACUUGAUGAUGUAA